GCCGGGCCGGGCCGCACCGCUGGGCUCCCACCCCCCGCCGCCACAGCCGGCAGGCUGGCGGCUCGGAGGCUGCUCAUCCGCCGGGAUGGUUCAUCAUUCUGGCUCCAUCCAGUCCUUUCGCCAGCAGAAAGGUAUGAAUACAAGCAAGAGCGAGACAGUGAAAGAGCACCCAUUAAAACCUUCUAGAAGAUCUAUGCCAUGCCUCGCCCAGAGCCAAACACAUCCUCAGAGCCUGAGCAAACAUUCAUCAUUUCUGCAGCCAAAUCAUGUGCAGCCACAGUUUCAGCCCCAGCCUUCAAGUGCAGGGACAUCGGCAGCUGAAGUGGAUGUAGUGUCAGAACGAGCUAAAGUGAUGGAGACUUUGGAAAACAACUUGCUUAAGCUGUCUAAUACAGAAUUUGGUGAUCCAUUUUUAGAUGUAGGAAAGAACAAAGAUACAUAUACAGAUGAUUCAGAACAUGGGAAUUAUGAUGCUCGUACAGAUCAGUCAUUGCUUAUUCAAAAUAAGCUCACCAGGCAGAAAACAGAACCUCGAACUAAAUCAUCUUUAAAGAGUGAUGCCAUGGCAUCAUCAGGACUCUUCUUCAAAGAUGGCAAAAAGCGCAUUGACUACAUCUUGGUCUACAAGAAAUCAAGUCCACAGGUAGAAAAAAGAAGCACAUUUGAGAAGAAUUUGAGAGCAGAAGGGCUAAUGUUAGAACGGGAGCCAGCUGUUACCAACAGUGAUAUCAUGUUUGUUAAAAUUCACUGUCCAUGGGAGACAUUGUGCAAAUAUGCAGAAAGAAUGAACAUCAGGAUGCCUUUCAGGAAAAAAUGUUAUUACACUGACUGGAGGAGCAAAACCAUGGGCAGUUUGCAGAGGAAUAUUAGAGAGCUGAAAAGUUGGUUGCCGAGAAAUCCAAUGAAGCUUGAUAAGGAAGCCCUGCCUGAUCUAGAAGAAACAGAUUGCUACACAGCACCCUUUAGCCGUGCACGCAUACACCAUUUUACGAUAAACAACAAAGACAGCUUCUUCAGCAAUUCCACAAGAAGUAGAAUUGUGCAUCAUGUGCUACAGAGAACUAAGUAUGAAGAUGGGAAAUCCAAAAUGGGUAUUAAUAGGUUACUAAGUAAUGGAACAUAUGAAGCAGCAUUUCCACCACAUGAGGGAAGUCACAAAAGCAGACAUCCCAUCAAAACACAUGGAGCACAAAAUCACAGACACCUCUUGUAUGAGCGUUGGGCACGAUGGGGAAUGUGGUACAAAUACCAGCCUCUUGAUUUAAUCAGGCGAUACUUUGGUGAAAAAAUUGGACUGUAUUUUGCCUGGCUGGGAUGGUAUACUGGAAUGCUUAUUCCUGCUGCCCUAGUUGGGCUCUUUGUUUUCCUGUAUGGAUUAUUUACUAUGGAUUCCAGCCAAGUAAGCAAAGAGAUCUGCGAGGCAAAUGAAACCAUUAUGUGCCCUAUGUGUGAACGCAAUUGCACACUGCAAAAACUCAAUGAAAGCUGCAUAUAUGCCAAGGUUACACAUUUGUUUGAUAAUGGAGGGACUGUCUUCUUUGCAAUUUUCAUGGCAAUUUGGGCAACAGUCUUUCUAGAGUUUUGGAAAAGACGGAGAGCUGUAUUAACUUAUGAUUGGGACCUCAUAGACUGGGAAGAUGAAGAGGAAGAACUGCGUCCUCAGUUUGAAGCUAAAUAUUCCCAAGUGGAAAGAGUAAACCCUAUCACAGGAAAACCUGAGCCUUUUCAGCCUUUCCCUGAUAAGCUCAGUCGACUGAUGGUGUCUGUCUCAGGAAUAUUCUUCAUGAUUUCACUGGUCCUUACUGCAGUGUUUGCAGUUGUGGUAUAUCGACUGGUAGCCAUGGAGCAGUUCGCUUCUUUCAAGUGGUAUUUCAUCAAGAAGUAUUGGCAGUUCGCAACGUCUGGCACUGGAGUCUGUAUCAAUUUUAUGAUCAUCAUGUCACUCAAUGUUGUAUAUGAAAAGGUUGCCUAUCUCCUGACAGACUUAGAGCACCCUAGAACAGAAUCUGAGUGGGAAAACAGCUUUGCUUUGAAAAUGUUCCUGUUCCAGUUUGUCAACUUGAACAGCUCCAUCUUCUACAUUGCCUUUUUUCUUGGCAGAUUUGCAGGCCGCCCAGGAAAGUACAACAAGCUUUUUAACAGAUGGAGGCUGGAAGAGUGUCAUCCUAGUGGCUGCUUGAUAGAUCUGUGCUUACAAAUGGGAGUUAUUAUGGUUUUAAAACAAAUGUGGAACAACUUCAUGGAACUAGGCUAUCCUUUAUUACAGAAUUGGUGGUCACGACGCAAAAUGAAGAGAAGAGGGCAAUCAAUGGAGACUAAAAUUUCUCUACCUCAGUGGGAAAAAGAUUGGAAUCUGCAACCUAUGAAUCUCCAUGGUUUAAUGGACGAAUAUUUAGAGAUGGUUUUACAGUUUGGCUUUACCACCAUCUUUGUUGCUGCCUUCCCACUGGCACCCCUCCUGGCACUGCUUAACAACAUCAUAGAAAUCAGGUUAGAUGCAUACAAGUUUGUCACUCAGUGGCGAAGACCUAUGCCUGCAAGAGCAACAGCAUAAGGUAUUUGGUAUGGAAUUCUGGAAGGAAUUGGAGUUCUGGCUGUCAUCACCAAUGCCUUUGUUAUUGCCAUUACUUCUGAUUACAUUCCCACGUUUGUCUACGCAUACAAAUAUGGUCCCUGUACAGAUCAAGGGUACAGACAAGAAAAAUGCUUAAAAGGAUAUGUCAACAGCAGUUUAUCAGUAUUUGAUUUGAGUGAACUUGGGAUGGGAUACUCAGGAUAUUGUCGGUAUAGAGACUACAGAGCCCCACCAUGGAGUUCAACUCCAUAUGAAUUCACUUUGCAGUUUUGGCAUGUCCUGGCAGCACGGCUGGCCUUCAUAAUAGUAUUUGAGCACCUUGUUUUUGGAAUAAAGUCUUUCAUUGCCUACCUAAUUCCAGACAUACCCAAAGACUUGUGUGACAGAAUGAGAAGAGAGAAAUACUUAGUCCAGGAAAUGAUGUACGAGGCUGAACUGGAACAUUUGCAAAGAGAAAGGAAAAAGAAUGGGAAACAGUAUCACCAUGAAUGGCCUUAGUCACUACCAUGCUACAACAAAAAUGCUUAGAAAUUGGAGAGUGAAGUUACAAAAUUAAGUCAGUCUGCAUCAGUGUGAGAUUUGGUGGUGGUGUAUAUAUGUUCUUGCUAGGCAGUACAGUUGCGUACUUUGGUGAGCACUGAAAAACAGAUGUUUCCAAUGAUAACAUUGAAAAGCCUUACCUGUAACUGGUCUGUGAUGGGCUCCAGUGCCAGUUAGCAUUCAGAAAUGUGCAGACAGAUUAAAAGUCUGGACAUUUUUUUAAAAAAAGGCAAUGGGUUUUCAUGCUGUUUAAGAAGAUACUAUCAGCAUGAUGAAAAAAGAAAAUUACCUGUGAAUCUAUAGAGUCAGGGCAUGACUAAAACGAACUUACAUGGUAUUGACUACUUCUACAUCUUCUGAUUGCUCAGCUCCAUCUGUAAUGCCUCUAAAGAAAAGAGCAGUUGUUGCCUUUGUGGCCAUGACUUGAACUUUCAGGCUUACUGUUUUGUCAGGUUUGUCCUAGUCUCUUGUUGAGAUUGUGGAUGUGGUCCUACCCUAAAAACGGGGUCUGUGGCUGCUAAAUAUAUACUAUGCAGUUUAAGAUUGCACAUCAGUGUCAUUAAUUUAUCCAUCUAGUUGAAAACCAAAACACCCCAAAUUCAGAAAGAAAACAGCAGCACUAGAAGAAACAUCGUUUUCUGUUUGAAAAAUUACACAGCCGUUGUCUUUCCACUUCUGCGUGUGGAAAGGCCAUCUCCGUAUGCGUCUGGGAUGAACUGUUAUUUUCAUGCUAACUGUAUUACUGUUCAUCUUGAUCUGUCUGGGCAAUGAUUCCAUGACUUCACAGAAUGCUAACUUAAAAUGUUCCCAUGCAGUGCAAAUUACUUUAUCUUCAAAAUACAAUUAUAUCUUUAUAGUAUGCAAGCUUAUGCAGAUAUAUAUGAGACAUACAGUAUAACAUUGUGGCUUGCUUGUUCAGGGAAAGAGAAUAAGAGAAAUUUGUAAUUAUUGUCUUGUAAUAGUAAAUGUUGCAGUAAUGUACACUUCUUUUAUUGGCCUAAAUAUGUCAUAACAUUGGAGAUGGAUACAGGCAAAUAUGUAUACGGAUUGUAUAUAAAUGCAUACACACACAGUGGUUACCCUUAGACUUACUAGUAGUAGUAGUAGUAGUAGUUGUAGUAGUAGUAUGCCUUCUUACACUUUGGGGGGGAUUUUUUCCAUAAAAUCACUAAAAAAGUAGAUGUUCAUUGAAGAAUCAAAUUUCAUUUUUUAUGUACAAACAGCGAACUGCGGUGUUACUUGUGGUUGAGUCACAUUUUGGUGAUGAGAUUGUCUAUUACUAACACUUCAUAAUACAGGAAAAGUACUUAAUGUUUAAACAAGUUUGAAGGGAUACCUUGCAGGGAAGGAAAUGGAUAAACAGAGUUACUGUUCUGUUUCUCUUGUACAAUUUUAAAUGAUGCUUCUCUAUACUGAAAACUCUAAACAAACGGUCAGCAAAGCACAGUAACUACAAAGUCUACAAAUUUUGCAUUAUUUUUAGGGAUUAAGCUGCAGCAAAAUCACUGCUGAUAGAUUUGAAAAGAGCUGAAUUUU